GCCCAAGAAAGAGGCCCUUCUCCCUCUCCACCUCGCCGUGCUCCUCCUCCGCGGCUCCGCCCCUUCGUUCGCCGUCGCUACUCGCUUCUUCCCUCCCCUUCCCCACCUCAAACAUCCCGAGCCGCGGCGCAGACACCCGCGCCGACGUCUAUCCUCCCAGCAGCGGCACUCCCCAUGCCCUGUAUCCUCCUCCGCCUGCCGCCGAGUCCCCCACCCCCACGCCACCGCGGCCGCGCCGAGCCGUCCAUGCCCGCCCGGGCUUCUUCUUGAUUUUCGUCCCGUGCACGCGCGCGCGCGCGCCUCCGGCUCGCUCCUCCCGAUUCCUUGCCAUGCCGCCGAUGCGCGGGCGCGGGGCCAAGCGGCGCCGGAUGGCGGCGGCGGAGAAGAAGGCGGCCGCGGCCGCAAUGGCAGCCGCCGCCGUGGGUGCCCCGCUCGGAGACUGGUGGGACGCCUUCUGCAGGCGGAUGUCAGGAACCUUAUCUUGUAUCGAGGAUGCACAGAGAUUUGAGUCUGUAUUCAAAAUGCCAAGAAGAGCCUUUGACUAUGUCUGCAACCUGGUGAAAGAUGAAAUGAUGGUGAGGUCCAGCAGCUAUACCUUUCUUGAUGGCACAAUGCUGUGUUUAGAAGAUCGAGUGGCCAUUGCUCUGCGGAGGCUGAACUCUGGUGGGUCACUGGCGACUGUAGGAUCCUCAGUUGGAGUGAACCACUCAACCGUGUCACUGAUUACUUGGCGAUUCAUUGAGGCUAUGGAGGAGCGAGCGAGCCACCACUUGCGCUGGCCAGACUCCGGUGAAAUGGAGAAGAUCAAGUCCAAGUUUGAGAAGAUCCAUGGUCUGACAAACUGCUGUGGUGUUGUGGAUACAACACACAUCACAAUGUGUCUUUCAUCAGCUGAACCGAACUGCAAGGUCUGGCUUGAUCAGGAGAAGAAUUACAGCAUGGUACUGCAAGCUGUUGUUGAUCUGGAUACGAGGUUCACAGACAUAGUGACUGGGUGGCCUGGUAGCAUGAAAGAGUCGAGCAUUCUGCACAGCUCUGGCCUUUUCAAGCUCUGCGGGGAAGGUGAGCGGCUGAAUGGCAGCAAGGUGAAGGUAUCAGAUGGAUCAGAGAUUGGGGAAUACUUGAUCGGUGACUCAGGCUACCCCCUUCUUCCCUGGCUGCUCACACCAUACCAAGAGAAGGACCUCACAGAGUCCAGUGCUGAGUUCAACAGUAGGCACUCAGCGGCGAGAGCAGUCGCUCCAAGGACACUGGCCAAGUUCAAGGACACAUGGAAGUUCCUGCAGGGGGAGAUGUGGCGUCCGGACAAGCACAAGCUGCCCCGGAUAAUCCAUGUCUGCUGCUUGCUGCACAACAUAAUCAUAGACCUUCAGGAAACAACCAUGGAUGAGGCACGGGCAUGGCCGAAGUCGAACGACCAUGACGCUAAUUAUAGGCAGCAGGUGUGCCAGUUAGCCGAUGAGAAUGGAAUCAAGGUGAGGGACAAACUGUCCGAACACCUGAUCAGCAGGUGACCAAGAGGUGGAAAGCUUAGGAAUGAUCGAGAAGAGUGCUAUUUUCAGAUCAGCAGGUGACCAAGAGGUGGAAAGCUUAGGAAUGAUCGAGAAGAGUGCUAUUUUCAUCUGUUUCAGGCAGCUCUAAAUCCUUUUUAUGUUCAGUUUUGUAGAGCGGUAAAUGAGGCAGGCAAGGGCAUCGGAUCAUACUACUCUAACUCUCUUAAAAGCUGUUGCAAACUUGUCAAAUCAAUCUGGCUCCUUUGGUUUA